GCAGCCCACAACCGAGCGGGGAGGAGCGGGUGGAGGAGCCAGGCGCGCAGCGAGGAGGACGGAGCUCACCUCCUCUGCGGCGCCCAUGGGGACAGGACUACUUUAAAGGAGUUUUUUUUUUUUUUUUUUUUUUUUUUUUUUUUUCUGAGGGGGGUUGUUCUGGAGCUAGGAGACCACGGAUCCGGCAAUUCCUGCCCUCGCCUCGCCCUGUCAUUGAUGGGAAAUCAACUGGAUCGCAUCACCCACCUGAAUUACAGCGAGCUGCCGACCGGGGACCCCUCGGGGAUCGAGAAAGACGAGCUGCGCGUCGGGGUGGCUUACUUCUUUUCGGAUGAGGAGGAGGACCUGGACGAGCGAGGCCAGCCAGACAAGUACAGCGUGAAGGGCUCCGGCAGCCCUGGCCAGGAGACGCCCACCCACCACCUCCACCACCAGCUGGUGCUGAACGAGACCCAGUUCUCCGCUUUCCGCGGCCAGGAAUGCAUCUUCUCCAAGGUCAGCAGCGGCCCCCAGGCUGGGGACCUCAGCGUCUACUCGGUGUCAGCGCUGCCUGCCCUCUGCAAGCCGGGGGACCUGCUGGAGCUGCUGUACCUGGGGCCGUCGGAGCAUCGCCCGCCGCACUGGGCAGUGUACGUGGGCAGCGGGCAGAUCAUCCACCUGCACCAGGGGCAGAUCCGCCAGGACAGCUUGUACGAGGCGGCCGCGGGCAACGUGGGCCGGGUGGUGAAUAGCUGGUACCGCUUUCGCCCGCUGGUGGCUGAGCUGGUGGUGCAAAACGCCUGCGGGCACCUGGGCUUAAAAAGCGACGAGAUUUGCUGGACUAACUCCGAGAGCUUCGCCGCCUGGUGCCGCUUCGGGAAAAGGGAGUUCAAAGCUGGGGGGGAGCUGCAGGCUGCUGCCGGCACCCAGCACCAGCAACAAUACUAUCUCAAGAUCCACUUGGCAGAGAACAAGGUGCACACUGUGAGGUUCCACAGCCUGGAGGAUCUAAUACGUGAGAAGCGCAGGAUCGAUGCCAGUGGCAAACUGAGGGUGAUCAAAGACCUGGCUAUAGUGGAUGAGAAAGAAUAGCGAGCAGCAGGAGUACAUGGCUAUCUCUUCCUUCUGCCCUGUCUGGGGAGGCCAGCCUGCCACAGAGACAGGAGGCUUCACCCUCUUUCCAUGGGAUGUGACUGGAAGCAAAAUCUAUGGCAACAUUCAAAAAAACCAGCAUUCUUUACACCCAUAGCCAGUAUUUUGUUUGGCUUUUAAUAGCAUUAAUGCUGAAAGAGUGCAAGAGGGAGAGGAAGAAGAGAGGGGGGAGGUGCACGAAAGCUGUUUGCAGAGUAUGUGGACAAAGUCUCUACUGUCGAUCAAUGUUGACCAUUCUAGCAACAUGCUAAUAAAAUUUCAAAUUGAAAUUUUUUUUAAUUUUUAUUUCAUGGCUGUAAUCCAUGAUGAGUUUUAAACAUUGGGGGCCAUGGAUGUGGAUUUAGCUAAAUGAAAUUUUAGAUAACAUUUGCCUUGCAGUUGACCCAAAGCAUCAGUCAUACUUUGCUAGCUGAAUGGGGUGGGUGGGGGGGAGCGGGGGGCUGUAAAUGUCUGUUUGUUUUGUUUCUUGACACUGUUGCUUCAGCCUGUAACUGCAACCCAGAUUUUGUCCCAGACAACUCUAGCAAGAUCCUAAUGGGGGAAAAUGUUUUCACAUUUCUGGUUGAAAUUGAUUACAUUUAAAAUACUUGUCUUUUCUGUCUGCUUUCCUCUGCUAAAUGUCAUCAUGAUACAUAAGCAAGUUGUUUCAACCUCUUCCCCUCUCCUUUUUUCAUGAAAAAGUUGGUUCGCAGUUGUUUUCUUGAAAUUAAAUUAAUUGGUUGAAGGUGUAUUUUGGAGAACAGUAUACACAGUGCUUCUCAUCAGAGAUCCAGCCUCUAGGAUCUCAUGUUUGAGCUGUGGAUUUGUAUCACUGUAGUGAUUCUUACUGCACCAAUGCCUCAAUACCUCUUCGUGCACAGGUCAACAGGAUCCUGCAAGAGACAAAUAGGCUUGAAUUCUACAUGUUGCCUCUUUCAAACAAAUUUAUCACAUAUUUACAAUUCCAUUUAAAGAAAAUAGAUGUAACAUGGCCAAGUUCAUUUUGCGUUUCAAAUUCCAAGCAACUAAAAAUCGUAUUCAGUCUAAGUUUAGAAAUCCACAGCUGCAUUUAAAAGAUGCUUUUUAAUGUGAUGUGAGUGAUGCCUUGAUUGUAUUUCAGAUCUUAUUCUCCCACUGCUUAAUUCUUCGGUUCUUAAGUAAAAGAUCAAAAUAUUAAAUAUACUUAACAUCUAAAUAAGUAUAUUAGGACAUUUUUAAAUCUAUUCUAUUUUUUAUUACUCUAAACUGCAUAAAAGUUAUAAGCAAUUUGUCUUUGCAUGUUUCAGUGCCAAAAAAAAAAAAAAAAGAUAUUUUUUUCCCUUCUUCCCAUGUCAAUGUCAGAUGGCAUAAUAGAAGUAACAUCCCUCUUCUGUGUAUAAAAUACACUCCACCCCCUAUCAAUGUACUGUGUACUGGUUCCUUUUUGUAUUAAACAAUGUCAUUGUUUCAACUGUAAUUUAUUUUCUACAAAGGGUUUGCCUCCCGUAGUUGAAGCUGUGAAGGUGGAAUGUAUUUCACCAUAAUAAAAGCACAAGCAUAUAUAUAUAUAUAUAUAUAUAUAUAUAUACACCCCUUUAGUGAAGGUCAUCUAACAGACUAUGUUUUGCUGAUACAUAAGUUGACAAAGUUAUGCUGUAAUAGGCAGUGUUACUUUUAUUUCCUUUCUCACCAUAAAGUAUCCUGGUUACUACAUUAUGGAUUAAACAUUUUAUCAGAAGUGUAUUGCCAUCAAUGUUAACCUACUGCUGAAAUAACCUCAAAUCACAACAUAUCAUUUAUUAAAUGUGUAAUAUUUUAAUUUUAUAUUAAUGAUAAUUUUUCUCAGAAUGGUAGCUCUCUUCCAUAACAUUAACAGUCAUCAUCAUAAUAUUUAUGUAUUUUAAUAAUUUUACUGCACUACAUCUACCAAAUUAUCUGUUACAACUGAGUUCCCAAUAGCACUUGGUGGGAGUGUUGUGAGAUUGCAGGAAGACACUGACGUUACAACCAAGGCACUUACAAAAAAUCAAAACAUAAAUGGUAGGAGGGGGAAGAGUGGGCAAAAGUAACUUGUUUUAAUUCCCCCUUAUAAAAUAUAUAUAUUGAAGAACUGAGGUAGGAAGAGGCAGGGAGAAUUACAUGAAGAGGGAAUAAAUAACAGGAUGCUCAUGAAGACAGGAAGAGUGAAGUGGAAUCUUGUUGUAAAUUUUGAAUUCUGAAAUGCUUUUUCUUCAAAUUGCUCUCCAAUUAAUAAUACAGUAUUAGACAGAGGAUCCUUGCAAGAAUAGCAUUGUACUCUCUCUCUAGUGAGAAUUUAAAACAUAUUAGUUUUAAACUUUUCACUGUGUUUUCCAAAUAGUCCAUCAUUCUAUGUUUUGUUUUGUUUUGUUUUGUUUUGUUUUAAUGAUUUACUAACCUGGUUCAUGAACAUGGCAAUUUUCCUUAGUUUACCUUGCUAGAUGUGUAUUUAUUCAAGCUCUGUCUGAAAUCUUUGCCAAUGCUCCAAAUUUGUACAGAUAAAGAUAACAACAUAAUUAGGGCCUUAAUCCUUUGCAUAAGGUCUGGAAAUUUGUACUGUAUGUACUGGAGAUAUUCACAAAAUAUAUUAACCUAAUACAUAUUAUUGCUCUGACUAUAUUCAAGUAUCAGUCUGCUAUUAACAGCAGAGGUGCCCACGCAGAUCCUUUUGGUUUUUCUUUCACUAGAUUUUAGUCCGAAUUAUUGACAGCAAUCUGGUCCUGAUUCAUAGUCCAUUGAAGUUAAUGGACGGGCUCUCACUGACUUCAGUGAGCUUUGGAUCAGAUUUUAUUGUUUAGGAGAUGUUUAAAAUUUGUGGACCUUGAGGAGAAAUGAGAUUUAAGAAGGCAUUUCAGAGACCAGAAGGGACACCUUUCUGAGAUGGGAGACAGGCAAUACUGUGGAAAUAAGGGAAGAGAACAGACGAGCUCUGAAACAAGCAGCAUUAAUCUGAAGCGGCAGUAGGAGAAGAGUGAAAAAGAGAAAAAGAAAAAAAAAAAAAAAAAAAGUGUAUUGAAAAAGUUGUUUGGUGCCUUGAAAUAAGAAAUGAAAGAUGGGGGGCAGUCAGCUGCAAGCAAGGCAAUGAUGUAAAUGACUGACAGAUAGAAAAGGUAAUUGAUUAUACUAAUCUUUCAGGAUCAGUGACCUGUCUGAGUUAACAUUUCCAUUUCUAUCAGUAAAGAUAUUGACAAAUUACAUUGUAUCUGUGGAAUCUGUUUACAUUCUUCAGUCUAGCUACUUAGGGUAAAUAUUUGCAUCUAAGUAAUUCAUUGCUCUUGAAGUACUGUCUUUUAAUGUUACUGUAGUAUUAGGUUACUUGGAAAAUCCUGCUUUUGUAUGAUGUUUCCAGUUAUCUGUUAGCUAUUUGGGGAGCAGCUUUAUAGAAACUCUUUUGCUCAGAUACUAUUUUCCAUGUCAUUUCAAAAUGCAAUCUUUUGAAUUGCUUUGAGGCUAACAUUUUAUUAAAAAUUCAGUUCAUGUUCUCUUGAAGCAUAGAGAGCCUUUGUGAAAUGUUUUAUUGGCAUGACUGUAUGUUUUGCUGAUCUUGGCUGUGUGUAGAGGAAGAAGACUAUAAGAAUGGAUGGCAAAAUAGAUUUUGUCUCCAUCAGCCUUAUGUUUCCAAGUUACUUUGUUUUCAUUUGUUAGUUUUUGUUUGUUUGUAUUGCUGUUUGCUUGUUUUUUUUCCCCUCUUUUGGGGAAAACACGUUAUGGCUGUAUAUUUUUUUUUUUAAAAAAAAAAAAAAAAGGAAAAACCUUGUACUGUAAAUUUGGAUAAUAUUAUGAUAUUGAUCCAUAUGAUCCAUAUGUGGAUUUCAUAUUGAGAUCAGGCUGUAACAAGGUAUGGCCUUCAGGAUGUGACAAGAAACGGCCUUCAGUCUAUGCUAUAGCAUGCACAGUCUUAAUUAUCCUGCCUCAUUUAAUUUUAUUAUCUUUCAUAUUCAGGUAAGUGAUGUGCAAAAAUCUGUCAGAGUUUAUAGACCUGUUUAUGUGAUGUGUUGAACAUCUGGAACUCUACCCAAAGUUGGAGUUGAGAGGACUCUGGAUCUCACUGGAGACAUGCUGCAUCUUGUAAGAUCAGGUACCUCAGCCACCCCACCUUUCCCCUACAUCCCUGUUCCCAAACAUCUGUUUUCAGCUACAGAAGAAAUAGGGGCCUAUGAUAGCUACGGCUACUUUCAUAUUAUUUUCUAUGAAAGGUUUCAACUAGAGUAGAAACAAUAUUCUGUCCAUAAUUAUACUUGGCUGUUACUAAAAUAUUGUAUGUGUUGCUACUUAUAUCUUGUAAACGGUGCAUUUUCUGCUUUAUAAUCCAGGAGAAAGAUGAAGGUCCCAGUCUCAAAAGACUAAUUCAGGAACAUUGAAGGAGGUGUGGUUGGGCUACCAAAAUGAGGGGAGUUUCAUUGUAGAAUUAGGAUGUAAAGGAUAAUAAUAUAUGAUUAGGGUUUAAUCAAAUGCUGUUGUUAAUUCAUGAAUGUCAGUGUUUCCAUGGCAAAUCUGGAAUUUAUUUGCUUCUUUUAUCAUUAUGAAAUAUGAAACUUCUCUGUACUUUGAGUUCAAAUAUGACGUAAAACUGCCCUGUGCUCAUG